CCGAAACUGCCUUGAUCUGCACCUCUCGUCACUCAGCCUCUGGGACGCUGCGGAGGGGAGGGGAGGGGAGAGAGUGGGCAAGGCAGCUGAGUUAAAAGUCUUCGUGAAGCAACUCGGCCGCUCCCUCGACCUCCGAAGCAAGGCCGUCCCUUCCGCACUUGGGAGACGCGCAAAUUCAGGACGUACAGCGGGGGAAACAGCCGGACUUCCUGGAAGGGGGAAGAGUCAAACGGUGCACCGCCUACACCCAACAACACGGCGGGCGCUAAGACCCCGCGGUGGGCCAGGAGUCGACAAAGUACCAGCUUUCCCUAAACUUUUUGGAAAGGGGGAUUUAAAGAAGAUUGAAAGACAGAAGUUCCCGAGACAAAAUCAGAUGAAAGUACCGAGAAACUUGAUGGCUUGGAAUCGGUGAUCUCUCUCCCCGCAGAUCGGGACCAGGAGCCCCGCCAAGUAUGGAAUUGGCAGCCUCAAACAGACCCAGCCCCAGCAGCGCCGGGGGCAUCCGGGAGUACAAGAUUGUGAUGCUGGGAGCCGGGGGAGUGGGCAAGAGUGCCAUGACAAUGCAGUUCAUAAGCCAUCGAUUUCUUGAUUACCACGACCCAACUAUAGAGGACGCCUACAAGACCAGGGUCCGCAUUGAUGAUGAGUCUGCCCACUUGGACAUCCUGGACACGGCGGGUCAGGCGGAGUUCACGGCCAUGAGGGACCAAUACAUGAGGGGGGGCGAGGGCUUCAUCAUCUGCUACUCCAUCACGGAUCGCCGGAGCUUCCAGGAGGCCGUCGAGUUCAAGCAGCUCAUCUACCGGGUUCGGCACACCUACGAUAUCCCGGUGGUACUGGUGGGCAACAAGUCUGACCUGGGCAGCUUGCGGCAGGUUUCAAAGGAGGAGGGCGCGGUGCUGGCACGUGAGUUCAACUGCCCGUUCUUCGAGACGUCGGCUGCCCUCCGCUACUACAUCGACGACGUGUUCCACUCCAUGGUACGAGAGAUCAGGCAGAAGGAGAAGGAGGCCGCGCUGGCCCAGGAGAGGCGGGGCAGGCAAAAGGGCAGCGUCUGGCGGAAGCUGAAGAGCCCCUUCAGGAAGAAGGGGGACUCGGUGACGUGAGAGGAGGACACAGUGGUGGGGAGCACGUGGGGAACUGCAGCCACGGUCCCUUCGUACUCCACCGCCAGUCUCCUGCUCCCCUCUGCUCUCCAAACGCAUGGCGCCUCUGCUGAAGGGGCUGGGGUCCAGUCACUGCAACUUUUCCCAGGUGAAGCGGUACGCAUUUCAUCCCCCCUCUUCCCCCAAUUCCCUCAUGACAUAAUCAGCCCCUUGCCAGAUUUAACCAAGCAACUCAUGCAGCAGGCAGCUUCCAUAGCAGACGGGUCAGUCUGAGGCCCAUCUCGUUUCUGUUAAUGCUGAAUGGCACUGAAAUCACUCGCUCCCAAGGCAGUGUGGGCUCCCUCCGGGUGUUCCGGUUUCCUCCCACCUUCCAAAGAUGUACGGGUUAGGGUUAGUGAGUUGUGGGCAUACUCUGUUCGAGCUGGAAGUGUGGCGACACUUGCCGGCUGCCCAGCAAUACCUUCGCUGAUUUAAUUUGACACAAACAACACAUUUCACUGAAUGUUUCAACAUACACGUGACGAAUAAAAUCUUAGUAAUCAAUCCAUCACACUCCUAGGGUUAGAGACACAGUGAAGCUCCCUCCACACCAUCCUGACAUACACUCCCAAGGUAGAUACAGAGUGAAGCUCCCUCCACACACACACACUCCCAGGGCAGGGAUCACACACAAUAGACAGAGUCAAUCUCCCACUACACCAUCACAAACACUCCCAGAACUGGAUAGUACAAGUUGAAAGUCUUAGCUAAGCUGUAUCCUGUGACAUGCUGCUGGAGUAAGGACAGGACAGGUUAGACACGGAGCAAAGCUCCCUUGACACUGUCCUGUCAGACACCCCCAGCCUAGUUAAAACAAACUGCUUCCCUGAAGGUACUCUAACAGCUUCUCUUAAUAACUUGGGAAAUAAGAUCCAGGUGACCUCUUAAACUUUUAAAUGCCAGAAAACAACAGAUUUUGAGAAGUAUCUCCCUAUAUUACUUAGCUUUUGGGGACCAGUGGUCAUUCGGGUAGGUCGAUGGUGCACUCGCCGGAAAGCAAACUUGACGUUAAGCUAACAUGCUGCCCUGACGUGCAUUCGGUGGAAUUCCACCCUUCCUCAGUAUCCCACAAUGUAACAUCUUCACCCUUGAACAACGAUUCUCUGGAUGUACAGUCAAAAAAAAAGAUAAUUCACUGUAUCUGACAUUGUAAUGACUGAUCAACUCAGCAGGUCAGGCAGCAUCUAUGGAAAGGAAUAAACAGCGGAUGUCUUAACCGGGAACCUUCUUCAAGACUGUCCUGAUGACGGAUCUUAGCCUGAUUUGUCGAUCCUAUUCCUUUUCCUAGAUGCUGCCUGACCUGCUGACUUCCUUCAGCAUUGUGUGUGUGUGUGUGUGUUUCUCUGGAUUUCCAACAUCUGCAGAAUCUCCUGUGGUUUUAAUGACUGACAUGUACAUUCCCAAACCUUGGCACUUGUUUACCAGGCAUCUCGUCGUUUUGACAGUAUUCUGUUCUACACCUUUUAUGUUCAAAGUAGGAAACCUCAAAUUAAAAAUCUAUUUGUCA